GCGAAGUGUUGGAAAGCUAAACAAAAUGUGGAGAAAAUUGGGGUGGGGUGAACUGAGUGACUCACCACACAUCUGUUGUGUUUUUUUCUUCUUCUUUUUCUUCUGCCUUCCCCCUGCAGGCAAUCUGGAGGUGCAGUCAUCAAGAACAGCCUCGGAGAGGAGUUUUAUAAGGAGGCCAUUGAACACUGUCGCAGCUACAAUGCACGUCUGUGUGCGGAGCGCUCCAUGCGGCUUCCCUUCUUGGACUCCCAGACCGGCGUGGCUCAGAGCAACUGCUACAUCUGGAUGGAGAAGAACCACCGUGGACCAGGUCAUGCUCCCGGUCAGCUGUACACAUAUCCAGCCCGCUGCUGGCGCAAGAAGAGGCGGCUAAACAUCUUGGAGGAUCCACGGCUUCUACCCAUCGAGUUCAAAAUUGACUACGAGUCUUCUCUAAAGAAGGAGGGGGGCAUCCCAGACGGCCCUGUGCUGGAGUCGCUGCUCGCUGGGGAAACGCUGGACAAGAAGGUGGAAACUAAGGAAGAGGAGCCAAUGAGUGAAUGUCAGAAGCUGCUGGUUGGGGACUUUCCUCAUGAGCUGGAAGUGGACGACAUGGAGGAAGACGUACCGAAGCGCAAGAACCGUACCAAAGCACGGGCCUAUGGUGUCGGAGGAAUGAGGAAAAGACAAGAGCUGCCUGCCAUUGAAGACAGAGAUAAGCCUUACGUUUGUGACAUCUGUGGCAAGAGAUAUAAGAACCGUCCAGGGCUGAGCUACCAUUACACUCACACACAUCUGGCAGAUGAGGAGGGAGAAGAGGACUCAGAGAGACACACGCUUCCCUUUCAACGCAAGAGCAACCACAAGCCUAAGAAAGCACCGGACGGCUCGGUGAUCGCCAACGGCUACUGCGACUUUUGCCUCGGAGGCUCAAAGAAGACGGGGUGUCCUGAAGACCUUAUCUCCUGUGCGGACUGUGGACGCUCAGGCCACCCGUCCUGUCUGCAGUUCACAGUGAACAUGACGGCUGCGGUGAGGACAUAUCGCUGGCAGUGCAUCGAGUGCAAGUCCUGCAGCCUGUGUGGCACCUCUGAGAAUGACGACCAGCUGCUGUUCUGUGACGAUUGUGACAGAGGCUACCAUAUGUACUGUCUGAGCCCUCCCAUGUCUGAACCACCAGAGGGGAGCUGGAGCUGUCAUCUGUGCUUGAGACAACUAAAGGAGAAGGCCUCAGCCUACAUCACCCUCACUUAAUCUGCCCGUCGCCCUCUCCCAAACCGCCGUCAUUCCUCCCGUGUUCUUCAGCACCUCCACCUCUCCCCGUUCCACUGAUCUACUUGUUGGCGCUCUCUCCUCAAUCUGUCCCUGUGACCUUUGGAGCGUGCAGAUUAGCCACAGCGCUGCUCCUGCUCUUGAACGUCUCUCCAGCGGCAAGCCGUACUCCGUCCUCUUUUGUUCCUGUUAUUCCCUUUUGUGCUUGACCCUAACUUCUGCCUCCCCCUCCUUCGUCUCAGCAGAGGAAUUCAUCAUUCGGCAAUAAGUUUGCCAGCAAGACACACACUUCAGCCCGCCAAGGGCACUUCUGAGGCGAACUAAUCCACAGGAACCCUCAUAAGGGCCCUCAGAUGAGCCCUAAUGAUCUUCAGCUGUGACUCUGUCAAGUAGUGAGUAAGAAUUAAUACGAUGGCGACGUGCUCGAGAGAGGACAAGGCAGUGGAGAACCAUGGAGCAGUCCGUCUUCAGUGUUUCCCCAACUGUGAAAUGUACAUUUAACCAAAAUUUUAUUUUCUUCUCUCUGCCUUCCUUUGUGUGCGGCAGAGCUGCAGAGAUGCUGAACUCUCCUCUGGUGUUUGUCUGGAUGUCCCUUUCAACAGGGGCAGGAAUUGUACAGAAUUAAAACUGAUUUUUGAACCACACAAAGAUAAAAAAGACUCAUCUCAAUGGUAAAUAAGGAGCAUCCGGUCAGGAACUCAGACCACCGAUGACCUCACCCUUUCUUCUCUCCAUGCAUGGGGUUCCUACAGUUUAAUGGUGCGUUUUGGAGAUUGACACUGGAGGUUUUUAGUGCAUGGUUACAACGCCUGGAUAGAAGGGUUUUUUUCUUUUUUUUUUUUGAUCAGAUCAGACUGUAUUUGAAAGAUAACAGUUUUGGGUUAGCAUCCAUUGCAAGCCUGUAUCUGAUCUGCAUUCAGUCUGAACUCUUUUGAAACCCUGACUGUGAAGCCAGUGUGAAAACUGUAAAACUUCUGGUGCUUGAUGUGUGUUGUCUAUGAUUUCAGAAUGUAGGACUGGUGUGUGGGUAAUGCAGAGCUCAUGCAGAGGCCUAAAAAAUGUUUUCUAUGAUUCCUUUUAUUUGUAUGUGUUCAUUUGCAUGUUGUUAUUUUGAUUCUUUUUUUUAAUGAAACUUUUAAUUGAAAUGGAAAAGGAAGCACACUUAAUUCGCAAUAACGUGUUUGUGAUACAAACUCUUUAGCCACCUGUUGUGAGUUUAAAGCUCUGUUUGUGCCUGUGUCUGUCUGUGAGUUUCUUUGAGCAGUUUAAAGACUGUGGCCAGUUACAAGUUACCAGUUAAGGAGGACAAAUGGUAGUCAUUAAUUCAAAUGAAUUAAGGAGAACUGAGGAAUGAACCAUAUAGACAGGCUGGCUGAGAUACAAGUCCCAUUGUAAGUGUUAGGUCUAAAGUCUCUGGUAAAAUGAAAAGAAAAAACUCUUGUUAAAAGAAUCCAGUAUGUUUACGAUAUCUUUUAUUUGACCAGUCUGGCACAUAAUGCAAAGUAAACACAGGAAAAGUCCCAUUUAUAAUCUGUGAUACAUAGUUUUAAAGCUUUAAAAGGCCAAAGCAACAUAACUGGGUUUAUUCAACACAAAGAGUCUUUUAAUGGACUGAGUGUAACUACACAGAAUUUUCAUACAAAUCAGUCAUAUCAAAAACUCGAAGCGUCUCACACUGGCGUCACAUUUAUCCAGUGUUCAUGAACUCAUAUACAUUCAUCCAUGGGUUCACAGAACAGGUGAUCAACUGAUCUCAUCAAAAUAUCCCUGUUGGCUCAAAUGUAAUAAGUAAAUACAAGUGACUACAAAUGGAAUUCAAGGAAGCCCUGGAUUUAGACAUGGACUUAUAUAUUUAAAGAGUAAUGGACGUGACUAUGUUGGAUUAGGGUAAUCUGCUGCCAGGUUAAUAACAGGUUAGCAAAGUAUUAACUGAAUGAGCAAAGAAAUUAUAGAAGAUAUGCUGAGCCAAUUGAUGACCAAAUAUAUUUGUAUGUAAGAUCAAAGGCAUCACUUUCAACUUCAAGCCAGCCAAAUUUUAAAUGCAUGGUUGAUCUUUCAAUCAUAACGCAUAAAGUCAAAUUUUAACCAAAGUUUUGGAUGACAUAUGAUGUGUUUUUUUUUCCCCAUAAAGUUUAAUGCCAGUCAAGAUUCUUUGCAAUGCAAGUAUAUACGUUUAUUACAGCCUCUGAGGAAAUUUUGUUACAGCGCUCCUAUGCAGUGAUAUAUAUUGUUUCCAUAUACUCAUGGAGACUCAUUCAAACUUAAAGUGGCGUGGUCACCUUGUUUGACAUUUUAAAAUUCAUGCCGCAGUAGCUGACCGUGGUUGCAUACUGUACUACUGUUUUCUGAAAGAUUACCGUGUCCUGCUGGCGUAUAAUUUUUG